CAUGUCGUUCUCGAUUUAAAGUAAACAUUUCCAACCAAAAAAUUUUUCAAUUUCUUAUUCUUUCAUCAAAAGAACACAUCAAUUUCAUCGACAAUUUCCUGAUUAAAAUUUUUUCAAAAUCGAGCCAAAUCAAUCCACCACAAGCCCUUUGCUCUCAGAAUUCAAAACCUGAACAACUUUCUCUGAUUUUGCCUCCAAUUCCUCAGACCUGUUGCUCAUAGGGUUUUCUUACACAAAUGUCUAGCCACAGCAGGAGCCAAAGUGACAACACUUCUGAUGUUGAGGAACUCCUACAGAUUGGGACAAGAUGUAGAGAGCUAAGACGAGAAAAGGACAUGUUGAAAGAAUCACAAUCACAAAGCUUUGAUUUAAUCAGGCGAUUAGAAAGACACGUGACAUCACUGUCAGCAGCCAGUACAGAAGACAAGAAAUGCAUUGAAAUGUUAGAAAAAGAACUCAUGAACUGCUCUCAAGAAAUUGAUUACCUACAGGAUCAAGGAAAUGCAAGGAACACAGAGGUUAAUGUCCUGAAAGAUCACUUACGCGACCUUGAAUUGAAAUUAGCAGACAUGGAAUAUUUACAGGAGGCAGUUGGAAGGUUAAGGGAGGAGCUUAAGAGGUCCGACUCUGACUGCUUGUUCUUGAUGCAGGAACUAGAAAGCAGAGAAGUGGAAUUACAAAAUUCUUCUCUGUGCAUAGAGAGACUGCGGAUGUCGAUUUCAUCUAUAACAUUAGAUUCUCAGUGUGAAAUAGAGAGCUUGAAGCUUGAAAUUGUGACAUUGGAGCAGAGUUGCUUCGAAGCUGAGAAGUCCCAAGAAAAAGCUAUCCAGGAAAAAGCUAGAAUAAACCAGUUGGUUCGAGAUCUUGAGGCUCAGUUUCAGGAUGCUCAGAAAAAUAUCAGACGUCUAGAAUUGGAAAAUAAAGAACUGAGGGAAAAGCUUGACACAUCAGAAACCAAAGUUAGGACAUUUUGGCAAAUGCUUGAGAAAUUGCUGGCAAGGGAUGGAUCCCAACCCGACAUAAAACAAUUAGUGAAUGAAAUAGAGGCAAAGCUCAUGAUGUCAAAUGACCCAAGCACUUGUGGAGAAGUCUUGAGUCCUCUGAUUUCGAAGCUUGAAACGCUCCUAGGAAGAGAUGGAGAUGAUAUGGAAAAGGUGGAAAAUAUGUUGAACCAGAUUGAAGAAUAUGAACUUCUUGUGAAGCAACUUAAGGAAGAACUGAGAGAAGAAAAGUUGAAGGCAAAAGAAGAAGCGGAAGAUCUGGCUCAAGAAAUGGCUGAGCUCAGGUACCAAAUGACUGGUUUGCUAGAAGAAGAACGUAACCGUCGUGCCUGCAUUGAACAAGCAUCUACACAAAGAAUCGCCGAAUUAGAGGCGCAGGUUCAAAAAGAACAGAGAAAAUCCUUAGAUGCUGUCAAGUAUCUUCAUGGAGCGUAGACUGUAGAGCCGGGCUACAUAUCAAUGUGUGUGAUUGUACUCCAUUCCAAAUCUCAGAAUUCCUUAGAUGAACUAUGAAGAAGGAGAAACUGCUUGGAGCCAAUAUUCGGGACGGUCCUACAGGUUGUGCAUCAAUAGCAAUCGAAGUAAAGUUUUCGGGUAACCAAUUUGUAUGAAUUUGGUUCUUUGUUGUGCUAGAUUUGCUGAUUGGUUCUUAGCUUAAAACGAAUGAACUCUUUUACAAGCUCAGGCUCCGAUGUUUGAACUUUGAAUGAGAAAAGAGGUGUCUUCUUAUAGUUGUGAUGAAACAUGUAGCACAGAUAAAAUGGCUGCAUGAUGCCGGAUUCUAUGAGUUUGUAUCUCCGGUUCAUCUCGGUCGAUUGAGCAAUUGAUGUAGAUCCUAAUAUUCAUUUGAAGCAAUGAUGUCGACAAUUUUCUUGUGAUAAUUUAAUUAAUUAUAAAU